AUUAUACAUCCAUGGUGUGACCCGGAUGUAGCAUGCUGUGAGCUAAGCAGCUAGCUGUGUCUCCUCUGUCAGCAGGUCUCAGCUGGUGCAGCAUGGAGCGAGUGAGGAGGGUCCUGGUUCACUUCUGUAAGGACGGAGCGGCUCAACCAGCCCACUUUGUGCAGAGUAUAACGGGUCACUUCAGUGAGGGCGGAGAGGACGAGGUGGAGGUCGGCUGCUCUCUGGAGAGAAACCGGCUCAUUCUUCACCGAGCAGACGCAGGGCGGGGGGUCACUCUGAAGAGGCACGCCUUCUGCCCCAUCAAGCACCUGUCCGUCACGGAGAAUGCUGCGCUCCCAUUGGACGUUCAGCAGCGAGGAGUGGACGUGGGCGUGGCCAUCAUCCUGCAGACAGCCAAUCAGAAGGUGUUGUUGACACGGCGUGCGAAGGAGCUCCGGAUAUUUCCCAACAUCUGGGUUCCUCCAGGAGGCCAUCUCGAGCUGGAUGAGACGCUGCUGGACGCCGGUCUCAGGGAGUUACAGGAGGAAACGGGGCUGAAGCUGGAGCCAGAGGAAGGUUCUCCAAACAUCCUGGGACUCUGGGAGUCGGUGUUUCCCGCCCUUCUCUCCAGAGGUCUUCCUCAGAGACAUCACAUCGUGGUCUACCUGCUGCUGCGCUCGCCCCUCUCUCACCUGGAGCUGCAGGCGUCUCUGAGCCCGUCUCCGGCGGAGGUCAGCGCCUGUCUGUGGGCCGACCGCCAGCUGGUCAGCGCCGUGGUGUCCGACCCGGACGGAGAGAAUCACGACCUGCAGCGCAGCGUCAGUGUGUCUCAGGUCUCUGCAGAUGGCGCUCUGAGCGACUCCUCGCUGCCUCUGGAGGUUUUCCUCAGCCGGGCGCCAGUCAGCGGCCCGGACGUGGAGCGGGUCAGCAGCGGGACCAUGUUCGCCCUGAAGCUGUGGCUGCGGAGCCUGGAUGACCUUUGACCUCUCAUCGUGCGGAAGUGAGCGUGGUCAAAUCUCAACUGGGUUGUAAAAUGACAGCGACCUCCGACACUGAAGGCAUCAGGAAUCAUCCCUAAUUGAUCUCAUCUUAACUAAUGUUCCCCAUAAAUACUCAUCUGUGGGAGUGCUUGCUAAUGAUGUGAGGGACCACUGUGCUGUAGCCACAAUCAGGGACACUCAGGUCCAAAAGGUUAAACCUCGCAUUAUAAUAAAGAGAGACACUAAACAUUU